AUGUCACAGCGAGUCCUCAUUAUCGGUGGCGGCCUCUCUGGCCUCGCACUCGCCCAAGGUCUCAAGAAAGUUACCCCAUCCAUCCCCUUCCGCAUUUUCGAGCGCGACUCCUCUGCCGCCUUCCGCGCCCAAGGCUACCGCAUACGCAUCUCCGGCGCCGCCCUGCAGGCUCUCCUCCCAGCACCCGUCUUUGCCACGUUCGAAGCUACAUCCAACAGCUCCAUAAAUCCCGGCCAUGCCAUUGACGCGCUGACCGGGACGCCGGACGCCGCGGCCUCGAUGCCCGGCCCCCCUCCGGGGACCACCGCGCACACCGGCACCGCAAAGUCGUACAACGUGGACCGCGCGGUGCUACGCAACGUCCUCCUGCAAGGCCUAGAGGAGCACAUCUCGUACGGCAAAAAGUUUGACUCGUACGAGGCUCUGAGGAAUGACGGUACUGUGCAGGUGCGCUUCGCGGACGGCACUGUGGAGCGAGGCACGCUCCUGGUCGGCGCGGACGGCGUGCGCUCGGGAGUCCGCAGACAACUACUACCUGAUUUUCCCAUCCUGGACACCGAGGGCCGAUCAGUUUUUGGAAAGACGGAUUUUACAGAUGAAAUCGUCGCCAAAUUGCCCAAUGAGUUUCUGAGCGGCAUGUGCCUCGCCAGCGUCCCGGGAACGGCGUCGGAGCACCCGUCCAAGCUUCUGUUCGAGGUGAUGCGGUUCGACCCCGCCGCGAGGGCCCUCGGCCUCGGCGUCCCGGCCGACUACAUCUACUGGGUCCUUUGCACCCGCCAAGACGUCACCGACACUCAUGUCGCCGGUCUCUCAGAGCUGCUGUCCCUCUCCAGCGCCGAGUCGGCCGGCCUGGCGCAGGCGCUGAUGCGAGACUGGCACGAGUCCGUGCGUGCUAUUGUCGACGCACCGAAUGAGGAUUCGACAGCGACUCUGGCAUUCUUUUCCUGUACCAAAGAAGGACUUCCGAGGAGUUGGGCGCAGCUUCGACAGGAGCAUGCAAACAUGCCCGUGACGCUGAUUGGGGAUGCGGCGCACCCGAUGCCGCCGGUUGGUGGCGUCGGCGCCAACUCGGCGUUCCAGGACGCCUUAGAGCUGUUUGAAGUAUUGAAAUCGUCUCAAGUCGAGAUGACCUCACAGGGUACGGCAUUAGCGAAGUACGAGCAGUCGAUGGUGGAGAGAGUGGUGGAAGCGGUCGAGAGGAGCAGCGCUGGCGCAGUCCGCUUCUUUGGCAUGAAGCCACAGGACGAAUUGAAGCCAGCUCAAAUUUGA